UAAUAACAUUUUGUGUUAGCCAUUGUUUUUCAUGUGUUGAUUCCCUUAUGUGCAGUAUUGCUAUUUCAGCGAGUUUCUUUCACGCUUUUUACUUUUUUAUGUGACCUGGAGAGUUGCUAGAAAUUAAAAUUUUUCAAUUUUCAAGAAGCUGCGAUUGUUUCAAAUCUUGCUAUGACGAAAACAGGACAAUAAACACACUUUUGUUUAUUUAAAACAGUUGAUAUUUUUUAAGUUAAGCGUGCCCAAUUUUUGGUUAUAUUCCUGUAUUAGGCUAUAUUAGAUUUUGAUUGACUACGAAAUCAUGUAGCUACAAUCUGUUAUAUCAUUAUAUAAAUUUUUCAUUUAAGAAGCAUGGACAAACUCAUUUUGUGCAGAAGUUACUUGUUCCUGUUGAAGAAGGAAAUUCAUUUUUCAAAAAAUCUUGCUCGCUAUUUUAAAUGUCGGUAGCACUUUUAAAGUAUUUUUGAUGCAGAGCGCAAUUUUUUAACAUUCCAUGCAUAUUCUUUGUCUAUUUUAGAGAACUUCUUUUCAACGAAAAUAUUCAGGACAAGUAUACUAAAAAUAGUACGCAAAAGUUAUAUGACCUUAUUUUGAGAAUAAGCUGCCCAUUUCUAGAGAUGAAGUGUAUUCAAAUGUGUCCAAAAAUGAUUAGAGAAACGGCGUUACCCCGUAAUUAUUUUUCCAAUCUCGCUAUGAUUGAAUAACGAGCGUACAUAACAGUAUUUGCAGCGCUACCACCCUAUUAAGAAUAUUUUAAGCGUUAGCCCUACUGAACGGAUAUUAAUCAGCGUUGUUCGAUGUCACAUUUUUAUCGCCCUUUUCUGUUACCCAACUUGCUACGAAAGUGAGUGCAAUUUCAUGCUGCGUUGUUGCAAAUAUUUGACAGGGAAAUCAUCCUCAGCUAUAACUGGUUAAUAACUACAGGAGACAUUUGGUCAAAAUGCUGAAGAAGCUCGCACCAGUUUAAAAAUGUACUUAUCGAAAAGCAGUUUACACUUUGACGCAAAAUAAAUGGUUUUUUACGCCCUAAAUAUCAUUUGCAGCAUGAUUUCUUUUGUCAAAAUUAUUGAUCCUGUCAAGCUUACUUGUUCUUACAUGCGUUCUUUGAAAGGUGUUGUUUUUUUACAUAGCUCUGGUAAGUUAACGUAACCUUUUUGGCCGGUCAAAUGCGGCAAAAUUUAACGUUUAAAACAAAAUCAGUUUUUGUAUGAAAUAAUAAUGAGGAGACCUGUUCGUAUGUCCAUCAAAUGGGAAAAAAAGUAGCGCGCUUUUUCUUUCUUCAUCUCGGCCUUAUGAAUGUUUUUUCAUGACGAAAGUUGACUUGGGUAGUUUCUAUUUACCGUGAGAGAGUUUUUAGUUAACAAUGGCUAGGCGUGUAUUACUUUCCGGUGAUGUCGGCAACAUUGAUCCAAUGAAAACUUAUAAAGAUUGAAUAAAAUUAAGUUAAUUAUUAGAAAGUAAAGUAACAAUAGAAACGUAUUUUGACGUAACAGCAGAUAAUUAUAAAUUUUAAAUUGGCGAUAAUAUUUUUGCAGACCUGUUCCCAUUGCGUGGUGUUAAAGCAAACAGUUUGAGAAAUUUUUAGCAGGAAAACAAAAAUCAACGACGGAACAACAAAUUUGUCCGUUGGGAGUGUGUCAGUAUAUAAAAAACGGUCUUUAUAUUUUUAUGGAUUUAAUACCAUACAUCUCUUUGUAAAACAAGACUUGUCAAAGGUGAGCUCUUUUUAUUUAUUUAUUUUUUUUAAAAAAAAAUUGAAAGUCGAGCAACAAUAUUUUGCAGUAUAAAUGUUUCGAAGUUUUUUUCAAUUCGAUUUAUUAUGAGUUUAUGUAAGAACUAGUGAUGUAUUAGAUUUUCGGAAAACUCUUCCUGAACUAAAUUGUUACUCGACUUUUUUAUUAUUAUUUAAAGUUAUUAUGAGUGGGUGCAUUUCUUCAGGAGUGUGUAACUUGCGUGGUUAUAAACUUGCAUUAUUCCUUUUUAGUUGUAAGAGACAUAUCAAAGCUUUUGUUUAUACAGCUUGUGUACAUAACUACCUCUUCAUUGCGAAGGCUUCAUUGUAACAUAUUACGUUCUUAAGAAAAAAAUCUUUUUUAUGUCGCAUCUGUUGCUAUAUGGCAUAGCAACGAAUUUUUUACAACUGUCUUAAAAUAUUUUAGCGUAUGUUAAAUUUGGUGAAUUAAGUUCGUUUACGAUUUCGCUAUGGUUUGACUGGUACAAAAUGUUGUGAUUAUCAGCUGAGAUUAUGAAAUAAUACCAUGGCAACCAGCUGACGAUAUCACCACUAAAAAACCAAUCUAAUAAACUUGUCAAUGCUGUCAUUAAGAAGUCACUCAUAAUAUACGACUAAUGAUUUCCUCGUUAAGUCUUAAGGACAAUAAAAAGUUUCGGAUUUUAUGACAUUAUAAAGAGUUUUAUUGCGAUUAAGCUAGGAUGCAUAGCUCGCACAUCUCACUGAAGGCACCUGUUUUAAAUUUUUACGAUCACUGCACACUAUCUUUAUUCUCCCCAUCUGUACAUUUAAGAAAUAUUUUUUUUAUUGGUUGCUAUGCGAAAUUUCAAUUUUUUCUCAUUGGCUCUUUUGUUCAAACAUGAUGCAUUGUGAUUGGCUAUGUUAUUCACCUUUUGAAUAUUUGAUUGGUUUUCUUUUGUUUUCGCCUAUUGUGUAGAGAUCAGCUGAUCAUUCUUCGGGAUUUUUAUAUAAGUAAGAUGUUAAACUUAGAUGUUUGUGCUAUUGUUUAUAUAACGCUAUCGUUAAACGUUGCACCGAAAAAGUUGCUGGCAACUUUCGGAAGUGUAUACAGACCUUACGAAUUUUUUUUAGAAGCGGGCUUCUUAAGCACAUCAAAAAGGUAGUGGUAUCGAACAAGAGUAAAGUUACGUUUAUAUGCACGGAAUUAUUUAAGAAUGCAGCAGUGUUCUUAUAUUAGCCGCAGAUCAUCUAGGUCGAGUUUAAACUCGUCAAGAAGUAGCAUACCUGACGAAUUAAACUGCUCUUUUACCCAAGAUGGUAGCACAGACACGAUGUACAGAAACAAGAAUAUUAAACUUGAAGUUGGCAAACUGCUUGGUGCAGGAGGGUUUGGAACUGUGUUUGAAGGAAAGUGUUUAGGACGGAAAAUUGCGUUGAAAAAGCUACAUCACAACUCUAAAAAUCCUCACGCAAUGAGCGAAUCAUUUCAAGCUGAAAAGGCUGUUAUGUCAUUACGACACCGUAACAUUGUACGCAUAUUAGCUGCUACGAACAUUUCACGCGAACUGCAAUACGAACGUCUCGUUGUAAUGGAAUACGCCGGACAACGUAAUUUGUUAUCGAUUAUUAACGAUGAAAACGAGAAAAUAACGACUUUUCGACGUAUCAGAUUCGCUACCGAUAUCGUCAAUGCUUUACACUAUAUACAUAAACUAAACAUUGCACAUCUAGACUUAAAGCCAGCUAAUAUUAUGGUGACGUACAGGAAUACGUGUAAAUUAGGUGAUUUCGGUUGCUGUAAGAUUCUAGGAAGCGAUGGACAAGGAUCACCGACAACACCAACGAACUCGUAUUUAACAGGCACAUUAGCCUACAGAUGUCCUGAAUUGCUAAAAGGAGGUUACCCGACAUGCAAAGCUGAUAUGUAUUCCUAUGGAAUUUGUCUGUGGCAGUUAUUAACCAGAGAGCGUCCAUACGGUAACGAAAAUAUGUACGUUGUAAUAUUCGGCGUAGUUUCCUAUAACUUACGACCGACAAUAACGCCGAAAAUGAUAACCGAUAACAAACAGUACACGCAACUAAUAAAAUCCUUGUGGCGAGCAGAUCCUGAUAAAAGACCAAGUGCUGAAGAGGUUAUGGUGAAACUACGUAGUUUAAGAAAACGCAAGACAGUGAUGUCUAAAAGUGGUGUAAGAGUCAGGUGGAGGUUCUAAACAUACAUUUUGUUUCCAGUUCUCUAAAGUACCAUCCGCUGCAAAAUAUGAUUCAAAGUUGGCCAAUAUGUUAAACGGCUAGUUAAUAACGAUUUUUUUUAAAAAAACGUACAAUAAAAAGGUGGUCGAAAGCACAUGCAGAUGUCAGAAAAGGUGUUCUAAACAUCCAUUCUUCACUUAAUUGCAGUUUUAAUGAAGGUUAACAGAAAACAGACGUGUUAAAUGUGAUUUUUGAUUUAACAUUUUUUUGUUGUUGAUAUUGCUCACUAGCAAUAAAAGUGCUGAAGUUAUUUUUUUCGUGUGUGAAGAUUUUUUUUUCCAAAACGUCUAUACACGGUUUUUUUUCCUCGGUUGUGAUGUUAAAUUUGUUAGUGUUUUUUUUUAAUGAGGCAAACCAGCAAUUGAUCACUUCAGAUGUUUAAUUAAAUCUUUACACUUGAAAGGUGCACGACGUUUAGCUCACCAGCUGUGCGAACCGCCAUUAAGAUCCAACUAACAACCACUGGAUAGAUCGUUUUAUUCGCUAGCCAAUUGCAACUCUUAGCCCCUCCAUUUUUUGUUUAGAAUGUGUUUACUUCGUUGCGUAUAGAUUGGAAUUUUUUUAUGCCUGGAAACAAAGUUUAUAGUUGUCGCCACGAAUUUUAGUUUAUAUUAUAGAUAGCAUUUAAAAUAAAAUGAAAAUGUAAAAUUGUUUAUAUAGUGCCCAGAGGUUGUAUUCUGAUUUUAAGUUCAAAAUUGCUCUCCUACGUUGAGGAUAUUGAAAAAUAUGCUCUUCACCGUGGAGUAUGUUUCAUUGUAAAAUUUUUAUUCCAUUUUGUAUUAUACUGGAAUUUUUUGUACAUAUUUUUUGUGAAAAUACCUCUUCUUUUUCUUAUUAUGUUGAAUUUAAGUAACAGAAAAAAAUGUCUGUAUAAGUUAAAAUUAAUUGUUAGUUUUUAGCGACCAUUUCCAAGCGUCUGUUAUUCUAUAAAUUUUAUAACGAAAAUAACAACUUGUAAUAUUUUUUAAACUUUAUGACAGAAAUAUAUAAAUCAAUUUGACUUAAAA